AUGUCUUCCGAUGCGAAUGUCUCGGGGUUUUUGUCUCCGGGGGGCAUUGUUCUCUCCCCUUCCAUUCUGGUCCUGUUGGUCUGUUGUCUUCCCAUUUUGGUCCUGUUUCGUCCGAGCCGAUCUCAUCGCCCCAAGGGAUGUCGCCGGUUAGGCCUAUCUCAUGGACAGAGCAAUCUCAAUGAUGAGUUUGACCCUCGAUACAGCGACGCUGUGCCUGUUACCCAGCGCGAUGCCAAUGGUCUGCCAUCGUGGCGCGUCAAAGCCCUGUUCACCUUCCCACUGAAAUCAUGCGGCGGCAUUGAACUUGAAACGUCCGAGGUGGUGCCAACGGGUCUGAAAUUUGACCGCCAAUUUGUUUUUGCGGAGCAAACCACCGAUGGCUGGAAUUGCCGGACCUUGCGCAAUGCUGGGUUUCAACGUCUCGCAUUGAUCCAUCCGGAAAUCUGGGUCCCAGACCCUACUACCCCGGAUUAUGCACCGACUCUGCCCGAGGUACAGUCUCAGGGUGUGAUGCUGAUCUCGUACCCUCGGCUUGCUCCACUGGGUCUCCUAGGAUCUUGGAUCAAGAUGGCUAUGACGAUUGGCCUCCUUGAGAGCCGACGCACGUUCUGUGUCCCCCUUCUCCCACCCAAAGGCAGUAAUUUCCCAGUCCAGCCGGUCAGGAUCUGGAAAGACAAGCCUCUGGCAUUCGACUAUGGAUCCUUGCUCCCCGAUUCAUUGCACGCCUACCUUGGCUUUGAACCGUCUACCUCCCCCUUGACUCUUUUUCGGGCCAACCCAGCCCACCAUCGGGAAAUCUUUCGCAAUGCGCCGUGCAAAGAGCAAAUUGGGUUCCAGCCCAACACCGCCUUUGCCGAUGCAUAUCCCAUCCAUCUCCUGAAUCUAGCUAGUCACCGGGAUGUGGCUAUUCGGUGCGCGUAUGCGAUUCCUCGGCUAAGUAUCCGGCGAUUCCGCGCGAACAUCAUCAUCCAGGGCCCAGAGGCGUUCGCGGAGGACCAUUGGAAGCGGCUGGAGAUCGCCGGAGUCGAGAUCCAUGCGGCAUGCCGCACAGUGCGAUGCCGUUUGCCGAAUGUGGAUCCCGAUUCAGGUGAUCGUCAUAAGGCCGAGCCAGAUCGCACGCUUAAGGCGUAUCGUCGAAUAGAUGAUGGGGAUCGGACGAAUGCAUGCUUAGGCAUGCAGCUUGUGCCCGCCAUUGAGCAGUUUGUUCUCCGCGUUGGAGAUGAAGUCCGAGUUUUAGAGACUGGCGAGCACCGGUAUAUCAAGAUGCUAGCCCCUGGGGAGAAGGUGGAAGGUGUCUAG